GUACAGGUUGCAGAGUAUAAAAGCACCCAGAAGGGCAGACAACCUAGUUAGUUGUCAGUGUGGUUUCGUGUUUAUCAAGUGGAGGCUUACGACCUCUCCGAAUCAUGGCACGGUCCAAAUAUACUACCGUUUUAUGGUUGCUAUCGUUAGCGAUAGCUCUUCACCUAGCAUGCGCAGAUAAAGGAGGAGGAGGAGGCGGUGGAUAUGGAGAUUCCUAUUCCGCUCCGCCUGCCAGCUCUUACGGAGCACCGGCCAAGGCACCCAAAGCCAAGGGAUAUGCGGCUCCCAAGGCCCCCAAGGCUCCCAAGGCACCUAAAGCACCAAAGGCCCCUACUCCAGUCAAAUACGCCGGACCUAUUGUUUACACGGCUGAGAAGCCACCCGUGAUUUAUUUCCCGCCACCACCUCUUCCGCCAAAGGCAAAGAAGGAGAAAUCAAAGGGAAAGGGAUACGGAUACGGAGCUCCCGAGCCCGAAUACAAACAGCCCAAGGCUGAACAUCCCAUCAAAUACGUCCCACUUCCUCAUCACGACCUUCCCGUCUUGAUCUACCAAUCCGAUAGUCAGCCGCCUAUUCACGUUGUCCACCCACCCGCGGGAGAUUACGCUCCGGCUCCGGCCCCGCAAUACGCCUCAUCAUACGAACAACCAGCCCCGGCUUAUGAUGCAGGAUCGUCUUACGCUGCAUCAGCUCCGGCUCCUUACUCUCCCCCGCCACCACCGACUUACGACGCGGCUCCUCCCGCAUACGAAGCCGCUCCAGCACCGGCCUAUCCCCAACCGCAACCGUACGAAGCUGCUCCGGCUUACCCUCAACCUCAACAGUACGAAGCUGCUCCGGCUUACCCUCAACCUCAACCGUACGAAACUGCUCCGGCUCCAACUUACGAUGCCGCUCCCCCAGCACCCGUUUACGACGCAGCCCCCGCUUACCCGCAACCCCAGCCGCAGUCGUACGAGACUGCUCCUUCGGCGUCUGCUUACGCACCGCAACAACAAUCUUACGAUGUUGCUCCCGCACCGGCUUACCCGCAACCCCAGCCACAAUCGUAUGAAACUGCGCCGUCAGCUUCGGCUUACGCUCCCCAACAACAGGCGUACGAUGCUCCUGCUGCUCCCGCUUACGAAGCCGCACCUGCUCCUUACACUCCUCCUCAGCAGUAUUACGAUGCUGCCCCUGCUCCGGCUUACGCCCCACAACCGGCUCAGUAUGAACCCGCACCUGCCCCGGCUUACGAAGCAGCUCCUUCUGGACAGGCUUACGCCACGGCUCCUGCAUACGAACAACCAGCUCCAUCGUACGAUCAAGCUCCUCCGGCAUACGCUCCCCCAGCUUACGAACAGCCGGCUCCAGCUUACGAUCAACCCGCCCCAUCUUACGAGCAAGCUCCACCAUCGUACGCACCGGCCGCCCCUGCUUACGAACAACCAGCUCCUUCCUACGAUCAGCCCGCUCCCGCUUACGAUCAGGCUCCAGCAUAUCCCGUUGCUUCGACUCAGCCUCUUUACUUGAGCGCCCCACCUGCCCCAGCUCCCGUCUACGUCAACCAGCCCGAUCCUUACUAUGCCCCACCCGCACCCUCAUACGGCGCUCCCGCACCCUCAUACGGCGCUCCCAAGAAACCAAAGGCUCCCAAGGCUUCUUACGGUGCCCCAAAGCUGCCCAAGAUUUCCUUGCCCAAGAUCAAGAGCAAGGGUUACGGCGCUCCCAAGAAACCCAAGGCAUCUUACGGCGCUCCUAAGGCUCCAAAGGCCCCCAAGGCACCUAAAGCUAAGGGAUACGCUGCUCCUAAAGCCCCUAAAGCACCCAAAGCAAAGGGAUAUUCAGCCCCCAAGGCACCCAAGGAGAAGGCACCUAAAGCACCUGAAGCUCCACACAUCGUUUACGCUGGACACCCGCCCAUCCACGUCUACCAGCAGCCCGAAGCUUACAUCACUCCCGAAGAGCCCAAAAAGGCACCCAAGGCUCCUAAAGCUCCCAAAGCUAAGGGAUACUCGGCACCCAAGGCCCCUAAAGCACCCAAAGCCUCAUACGGCGCACCCAAGGCCCCAAAGGCACCAAAGGCCCCUAAAGCUAAAGGUUACGGAGCACCAAAGGCCCCCAAGGCAUCUUACGGAUCCCCCAAAGCACCUAAAGCACCUAAAGGACAGUACGGAAAGGCCCCCAAAGCCCCUAAAAGCAAAGGAAACACUUACGAGCCACCUAAAGCUAAGGGAGUGUACGUUCCAGCCCCGAAAGCCUACCACAAGCCACCCAUUAUCAUCUACCAGGGUGUCCGUCCUCCCGUGCACGUCUACCAGGCCCCAGUCGCUGAUUACGCCCCGGCUCCCAGCUACGGAUCUGCCCCACCAUCUUACGAUGCCGGUUACUCUGCCCAAGAGCCAUCCUACGAUAGCGGAGCCGGUUACGCACCUCAGCCACCAGCUUACGACGCCGGAGCCAGUUACGCUCCUCAAGCGCCAGCUUACGAUGCCGGCUAUGCUCCUCAGGCCCCAGCUUACGACUCUGGAGCUGGUUAUGCUCCUCAGGCCCCAGCGUACGACGCUGGAGCCGGUUAUGCUCCCCAAGCCCCAGCUUACGACGCUGGAGCCGGUUACGCUCCCCAAGAGCAAUCGUACGCCCCGCAAGAACAAUCGUACGCUCCGCAAGAACAAUCGUACGCUCCGCAAGAACAAUCGUACGCUCCGCAAGAACAAUCGUACGCACCCCAAGAGCCAUCUUACGGUGGAGCAGCAGACUACGCUCAGCCAGCACCGACCUACACUGACGCUGGUUCUCAACCCGAUUAUUCCCAACAGCAGCCCCAAGCUUACGAUGCCGGUGCAAGCUACUCUGUAGCUCCCGCCGCUCCCUCAUACGAUCAACAGCCACAGCAAGAACAAGCUCCCGCCUACGACGCUGGAGCUGCUGCGCCAGCCGCUGGCGGUUACGCCGUCAAGAGCGACGAAUGGACACCGGUGAACGGUGGUUCGUCUCCCGGUUUCGCUGUGCCCGGCGCAGCCAAUUACUUCCCCGUCUACAAUCGGGGUCAAGUUUACGGGCUGAGAAACGCUAAAUCAGACGAACAGCAAAAAGUGGAAGCUGAAGGAGAGAGUCCAGUCGAACUGACAGUCGGAUCGGCACUAACGAUCGAUGGCCAGGACGAGGAGUAAAAAAAAAAAAAAAAAAACGAGAGUUAAAAGGGUUCUUUUUCACCGUUCCCUGUUCCAUGCGGAUGGAACAGAUUUUCAAUUUCUAAAAAAAAAAACAAUUUCCACC